AUGGUUAAAGUUGUUAAAUCUGCUGCUGAAUUCCAACAAGCUUUAAAAUUCGUUGGUCUUACCGUCGUUGACUUUUACGCUACUUGGUGUGGUCCAUGUAAAAUGAUUGCUCCAUUAUUGGAGAAAUUCAGCACUGAAUACUCCAAUGUUAACUUUAUCAAAGUCGAUGUUGAUGAAUCAGGUGACAUUGCUCAACAAUAUGAAGUCUCCUCUAUGCCAACUUUGAUUUUCUUCAAGAACGGAGAAAUUGUUCAAAAAGUUAUUGGUGCUAACCCAUCAGCUAUCAAACAAGCAAUUGCUUCUAACGCUUAG